AUUGCAAAACUGGUUUGAAAUAUAUUUUUUGGUACAAAAUGUAAAUAAUUAAUUUACGUCAGAGUGAAGAAACUCAUAUAUAAGAAUCUGUUAGAGAAGUAUAGCCUAUACAGACAACAUAUUUUAAAGAGAAGACAUUAAUUCUUAUCAAAAUGAAUCGGUGGUGUCUAUCGGCCUUAUUGGUUACAGUCUUAGUGGCGGUUGUGUAUGGGAAGAGUUUCCAGGACAACAUAAAAAUCCUUAAAAAAAUUGAUAUUGAGACGGUGAUAAAGAAUGACAGAAUUAUUAAGGGUUAUAUCGAUUGUGUCACUGGUAAGAAGGGUUGUACUCCUGAAGGUGCGGCGUUAAAAGAAAGCUGGAAAGAAGGAAUCGACAAAGGCUGUGAUGAUUGCGAUGAAGAAGAAAAAAGAAAAAUAAAGAAAGUUGUCAAGCACAUUUACUUAAAACACCCUGAUUGGUAUGAGGAAGUAGCCAAUGCGUUGGAUAAAGACAAGAAAUACCGAAAAAAAUACCAAAAAUACAUUGAUGAACUCGUUGCCGAUCCAACCUUGUAAAUGAAUGUUAGUCCCUAAGAAACAUGUUACCAACUUGUUGUUAAGAAUUUUUUUAUAACUGUACCUAAUUAUAUACAUCUGAAUAAAAGUCAGUAUUAGAAGAUAA